AGUGUUUUUGUUGCUAGUGGGGACUGUUGUGUUGUGAAAAUGGCGACGCCUCGCCGCUCCUCUCAGCAGCAGCCGAGCUCCCUGCUGUCCUCCCCGGCCCGCGGCUCCUCUCAGCCCGCCACCCCGCUCGGCUCCCCGUCGGCAUCCACCGACGAUGCCACCCCGUUUACCCGCGUUAUGGACAUAAGGGCUGACGGAGAGGGAACCCCUGCCUCUCCCACCACCACCACCUCCCCGACUCUGGCCCUCACCUCCAGCAGCACCUCCAGCAGCAGUAGCAGCAGCGCUAGCUCCCCGACCACCACCGACGGCAGCGGGACCAGCCCCGGCUCUACGCCCGACUCAGGCAGCGGGGACUCGGGCAGCAGCAGCAGCAGUAGCGGUGGUGGUGGUGGUGGUGGUGGUGGUGGUGUAAGCGGGGCUUUCAGGGAGCUGUUUGAAGCCUGUCGCACAGGGGAUGUUUCGAGGGUGAAGAAACUCGUGGAUGCUCUGAAUGUGAACGCUAAAGACAUGGCAGGACGCAAAUCGACACCACUGCAUUUCGCUGCAGGUUUUGGGCGGAAAGAUGUGGUGGACCACCUGCUUCAGACUGGCGCCAAUGUGCACGCACGGGAUGAUGGGGGUCUGAUCCCGCUUCACAACGCCUGCUCAUUUGGGCACUCCGAGGUGGUGUCCUUGUUGCUGUGUCAAGGGGCCGACCCGAAUGCUCGAGACAACUGGAACUACACGCCACUCCAUGAGGCUGCCAUCAAGGGCAAGAUAGACGUCUGUAUAGUGUUACUGCAGCACGGAGCCGACCCCAACAUCCGCAACACCGACGGCAAGUCCGCCCUGGACCUGGCCGAACCCUCCGCCAAGGCCGUUCUCACAGGUGAAUACAAGAAGGAUGAGCUGCUGGAGGCGGCGAGGAGUGGAAACGAGGAGAAGCUAAUGGCCUUGCUCACUCCGCUCAACGUCAACUGCCACGCCAGCGACGGCCGCAAGUCCACUCCGCUUCACCUGGCAGCAGGAUACAACAGAGUGAGGAUAGUUCAGCUGCUACUACAGCAUGGAGCAGAUGUCCACGCCAAGGACAAGGGUGGUCUGGUGCCUCUACAUAAUGCCUGCUCUUAUGGACAUUAUGAAGUUACUGAGCUGCUGCUAAAGCAUGGGGCGUGUGUGAACGCCAUGGAUCUGUGGCAGUUCACCCCACUCCAUGAGGCAGCUUCUAAAAACAGAGUGGAGGUCUGCUCUCUGCUGCUGAGCCACGGGGCUGACCCGACCCUGCUGAACUGCCACAGCAAGAGCUCCGUGGACAUGGCGCCCACUCCCGAGCUGAAGGAGAGACUUACAUAUGAGUUUAAGGGCCACUCGCUCCUUCAAGCUGCACGAGAAGCUGACAUGGCCAAGGCUAAGAAGACCCUGGCAAUGGAGAUCAUCAACUUCAAACACCCUCACACACAUGAGACCGCGCUGCAUUGUGCAGUAGCAUCGCCGCACCCCAAGAGGAAACAAGUGACGGAGCUGCUGUUGAGGAAAGGCGCCAGCGUAAAUGAGAAGAAUAAAGAUUUCAUGACUCCUCUCCAUGUGGCAGCAGAACGUGCUCACAAUGACAUCAUGGAGGUGCUGCAGAAACAUGGUGCCAAGGUAAACGCCCUGGACACGCUGGGUCAGACAGCGCUGCAUCGUGCAGCGAUGGCAGGCCACCUUCAGACCUGCAGGCUGUUGCUAGGAUACGGGGCGGACGCCUCACUGGUGUCACUGCAGGGCUUCACUGCUGCUCAAAUGGGAAAUGAAGCUGUUCAACAGAUACUCAACGAGAACGUCCCGGUGAGAAACUCUGAUGUGGACUACAGACUUCUGGAAGCUGCUAAAGCCGGAGACCUGGACACUGUCAAGUCAUUGUGUACGGCUCAGAAUGUGAAUUGCAGAGAUCUGGAGGGAAGACACUCCACUCCCCUUCACUUUGCGGCCGGCUACAACCGAGUGACGGUGGUGGAGUACCUGCUGCACCACGGGGCCGACGUGCACGCCAAGGACAAAGGUGGCCUGGUUCCCCUCCAUAAUGCCUGUUCAUACGGUCACUACGAGGUGGCUGAGCUGCUGGUCAGACACGGAGCCUCGGUCAAUGUGGCCGACUUGUGGAAGUUCACCCCGCUCCAUGAAGCCGCUGCCAAGGGCAAAUAUGAGAUCUGCAAACUGCUGCUCAAGCACGGCGCAGACCCCACCAAGAAGAACCGAGACGGGAACACGCCUCUGGACCUGGUGAAGGACGGGGACACCGACAUCCAGGACCUGCUGAGGGGAGACGCUGCCCUGCUGGACGCCGCUAAGAAAGGCUGCCUGGCCCGGGUGCAGAAGUUAUGUAGCCCCGACAACAUUAACUGUCGGGAUACGCAGGGACGCAACUCAACGCCUCUGCACCUUGCAGCCGGCUAUAACAACUUGGAGGUAGCAGAGUAUCUGUUGGAACAUGGAGCCGAUGUGAAUGCACAGGACAAAGGAGGGCUGAUACCUUUGCACAAUGCUGCUUCAUACGGGCACGUGGACAUAGCCGCCCUGCUGAUCAAGUACAACACGUGCGUCAACGCCACAGACAAGUGGGCGUUUACUCCCCUCCAUGAAGCGGCCCAGAAGGGGCGGACUCAGCUCUGCGCUCUGCUGUUGGCCCAUGGAGCCGAUCCCACCAUGAAGAACCAGGAGGGACAGACGCCACUGGACCUGGCAACGGCUGAUGACAUCAGAGCAUUGUUGAUUGACGCCAUGCCGCCAGAUGCCCUGCCAAUCUGUUUAAAACCCCAGGCCACUGUGGUGAGCGCAAGUGUGGGGGGUGCAGGUGCGUCAGGGGGCGUGGUCAUCUCUCCCUCUCCAUCUCCAUCCUGUCUGUCUGCCGCCAGCAGCAUAGACAACCUGACCACGCCCCUCAGUGACAUCACUGUGGGGGGUGCCACAGGACCAAGAGACGGAGCAUCUGGGUCCGAAAGGAAGGAAGGAGAAACUCUGCUGGACAUGACCAUCAACCAGUUCUUGAAAAGUCUAGGGCUGGAACAUCUCCGAGACAUCUUCCAGCGAGAACAGAUUUCUCUGGAUGUGCUGGCAGACAUGGGUCACGAGGAGCUGAAAGAGAUCGGCAUCAACGCUUACGGUCACAGACACAAACUCAUCAAGGGCAUCGAGAGGCUGCUGGGAGGCCAGCAAGGUGCAAACCCAUAUCUGACGUUCCACUGCUCCAGCCAGGGCACCGUGCUGAUUGACCUGGCAACGGACGACAAGGAGUUCCAGUCUGUGGAGGAGGAACUUCAAAGCACGAUCAGAGAACACCGUGAUGGUGGCAACGCAGGUGGAGUCUUCAGCCGAUACAACAUCAUUAAGAUUCAGAAGGUGGUGAAUAAGAAGCUGCGGGAGAGAUACGCACACAGACAAAAGGAAAUAGCAGACGAGAAUCACAACCAUCACAACGAGCGAAUGCUCUUUCACGGUUCUCCCUUCAUCAAUGCCAUCAUCCAUAAGGGCUUCGACGAGCGACAUGCAUACAUCGGCGGCAUGUUUGGUGCUGGGAUCUAUUUUGCUGAGAACUCCUCCAAAAGCAACCAGUACGUUUAUGGGAUCGGUGGAGGUACGGGAUGUCCCACUCACAAAGACCGCUCCUGCUACGUGUGCCACAGGCAGAUGCUGUUCUGCAGGGUGACGCUGGGUAAGUCGUUUCUUCAGUUCAGUGCGAUGAAAAUGGCCCACGCCCCCCCCGGGCACCACUCGGUUAUAGGACGACCCAGUGUCAACGGACUGGCGUAUGCAGAGUACGUCAUCUACAGAGGGGAGCAGGCUUACCCAGAAUACUUGAUCACGUACCAGAUUGUAAAGCCAGAGAGUGUGGCUACGCCUGCCGCCACCCCGGAGCAGAAGACCUAAAACUCAAUCACAGUUGGACCCGAAGAGGGCCAGACUGUAAUGGACUAGAACCACUCUCUUGAGAGGACUGGAAAUGAACUAGUGGGUGUUUCAAACCUCAGAACCCCAAAUGAAAGUCUCCAGAGCUGAACUCGAGGUGGGCGAGGUGAAGUGCCGAUCACGCAGUAGGUCAGACGACCCACUGAAACAGACCUGGAUGUGUCUUAACAGGAGAAGAAAAAGGAGGAUGAGUUUUCGGGGUGUGCUACAUGCUCCGUCCAAAGCAGCAGGCGGCAAAAUCUAUCGGAUUCAUUCAUUACUUGGGUCUAAUUUAGCUGGAGAAAAUGCAAAUGGUUUGCUCAACAUCCCUGGAAGUGCACCAGUAAACAGAUUUUUAAAUUUGCAGGCCUCUUUGGCUUGAUCCUUAAAACAAUUAGCAAAACCAAUUAGAACAGGACACGGUCCAAAGCAAAACAAACAUCCCUGAUGUAAUCUACCCCCAGUUUUUUUUUUUUCAAUGUGUUGUUUUGAUAUUGUGUCCUCUUUCGGCUUUGUGCAUCAUCCACAGCAGCAAAGCAGCACCCUGAGGCCACUUCCAGAAAAGGCAAUUGUCGUGCUGAGAGAAGAGAAAUCCAGUACAUUUUAUGUUGUAGCUUGUGACAUAUUUCACCAAUGAGGCUCAUGUAAACAACACACAGCUCUGUGCGCUCUCUCACUUCCUUUCUGCUGCAAACAAAGAAGAAAUUAUAAAACGAGCGUGAGCAGAGAGAAGUAAAAGAGAUCACAGCGGACAAAUACCCAGAAGUCAAUAAAAAAAGAACAUGAACAGGAGAACACAAAUCCACUGCUGCUACCAGUGCCGGCUACAGACCCCCUCGCCAGCAUCCAUACCGGGACCAUCUCCAACAUCCACCAGCCGCUCCAAACCAGUUCAUUUCAAAGGACAGCUGGGGCCAGCAAAACCUAGAAUCCACACAGAAAAGCCCUUUAGUUUAAUUGGCCAGAAAAUCCAAAAUUUGGGCAGAGCUGAGAUGUUUCAAGCAAGCAGCAAACAGACACCUAAACAUACUGAUUUCUGAGCCUCAAAGGUGCUCAAUUCAAAAUGAAGGGCAUCAAUAAAGCAGCAAUCAAAUAUUUGGAAUUUAAAGAUAUAAGAUAUAAAGAUAUCUGUCAGCACUGUGCUGCUGGUCCCCAUCAGCUUCUAACGGCCGACUCAGCCGUCUUCAUGUUGAGAGACGUGUGGAGGCUCUAGAUGUGCUCUGAAUUAUGUAUUGAGCACCUUUAGCUAAAGGGAAUCAGUGAUUUUCAAAUGUCCACCCCCCAAGACAUUCUAGAGUACAAUCUAAAAACUGACUUUUUGACUAAAGAGACUUUAGUUUGAACCUAAUGGUCAUUAUUUAAUCUACAUCUUAAAGAACUUCCACAUGGGCUUCCACAGUCAAACAUGGUGGUCGCUGCUUGUUUCAGCUCGGAUUGAAACAGUCUGAAGUCUUAGACCAGAACCAGGAGGACCACAAGAGACCAGACUGUGACACUACAUGUACAAAUAACACACACACACACACACACACACACACUGCACACAAAUCUGUGUGAAACCUGUGUGAGUCAUACUUUCCCUCCGCACAAAAGCCGCACAUGGCAACUCAAACCAUACCACUAACCCAGUUUGGAGAGUUUGAAUUGAGAAAUGCCGUCAGGGGAUUUCACCAAACAUGGACUUAGCGAGCUCUUUCUCUGGAUGGUGCACAUGCUGUCUGCUAUUGUUAAGUUUUGUUACAUUAUCUCAUUUGUUGUGAGAAGUGACUGUUACCACCACAAGAAAAAGUAUAGGGACAGAGGUUGACUUUUUCCAGAGUCAAUUGCAGUUAAAAAUGUAUAUUAUAUACCAUAACAUAACAUUCUGCUUCACGUGUGCCAGCCAUUAACACUUCAGCAUCUUUCUGUUUUGUGUUUUAAUGUCUCACAUGGAUCCAGAGUUCCCUGUGUUUGUUGUUUACAUGAACCUACUGCCUUCUAGCCCCUUUGCUCUCUACCAGUAACUGUUGGUGCCCCCUAGUGGUGCAACAGGGGAAUUGCUGGCUUGUAGUAUUGAGUUGAAGAAAACAAAUGUACUGUAUAUCAGGAAGGCAUUUUUACACAGUGCUGUUUGUGUUUUCCUGGGUCCUAUUCCAUUUUUGUUUUCUUCCUUGCAAGUUUCUUUAUUUUAUCUUCAUUUUUAGGUCAUCUUUAUACUGCUGAGUUUACACUCCUCAAACAUUAUAAGCAAAUGUGAAAAGUGACCCUAGUCACUGUAUCUUAGCAAGCCAUUCAGCGGGCUGGUCACAGGCUUCAAAAGAUAUUAUUAUAACCCGAGAUCUGCAGAUUCAUUGAAGUUAAGGAUGACACAUAGAAUAAUGCAUAUGUUAUACCUAAAUAUGGUAUCACAUUUUAUUUGUAUUAACCAUUUAUAGUAACACACUAACAUGUAUGACAAACCUCAUUACAGCAAGAAGAUUAGCAAACGUACUGUACACCUGAACUGUUUCUUUCUUGUUUUUUUUAUUAUACUGACCAUGUUUUCUGUCUAUUAUUUAUGAGUAUUUUUUUUUUUUUUUUUUUUAUUGAUGACACUGUACACCACAUGGGACCACACAUGAGUUAAGUUUAUUUUAUGUCCAUCACGUCAGGUCAAGUCAAGCAGUCUCUGAAAAAUUCCUUGAAACUGUGGACUGGAGAGGGAAAUGGCCUUAACUGUUUUUUAAGAAUGAAAAGAUUGCCUUGAUAUCACUAUGAAAGUACUAUGAAUGGUUCACCCACCCUAGGACAGCAACAAAAGAGAGCUGGUUCACAUCCGUUGCAAAAUCAAAAGAUGUUUAGUCAUCAGUGAGGGACGGGCCAUUUAAUUCUGACAAAGCUGCUCUGAUGUUUGAUUUUUUUUUGUUGUUAUCCUGACUUUGUUAGCAUUGCAGCGUCUGCCAGAAAAACUCAGAUUUCAGCUGAUAUGCACUUGCAAGGUGAAGAUGACGUUGGUCUGAGCCAAGGGCAAAAAAAACUGUUAACAUCCAUGUUAUGCGUGAAGUGUGCUAAAUAUGUCCACAGAGAAAGUGAACUGGUAGCUCCGAAUAGCAGCCCCAAAACUAUUUCACUUUUUUUUUGUCAGAACUGUUUUCAACCCGUGAAAUCUUCGCAUCAGCGGUUUUGCAGCCCACUCGUUUGACAGCAAUAGUUCAUCCCAGUAACAAUGAAUUAUAAUAACAUAAAUUGAGUUGUGCUCAUUUCAGCAAAUUUAAAAGUGAUUAAUUUCAGGGAAAUGAAAUUAAAAAAAAUGAAAUGAUUUGGUAGACAAAAUAACUGAUGAGUCAAGUCAAAAUCAGAAAAACUAACAAGCUUGAAAUUAAAUUGUAAAAGUGAAAAGUUGAUAAAGGGCAAGUUGACAGAGUUUACACAGUAUACGGCCCUAUGUAAAAGCCAGUCAUAUGAAUGAAAUAUGAUUUUAACUGCCUAAAAGACCUUUCUCUUACAAACAUAAUGCCCUUCAAGUUAUUGUUUUUCCUUAACUCAAUUAUUUAGGUUUUAACA